AUGUAUAUAGUUUCUUUGACUCACAAUAUUGCUAACAAGGCAUUAGGACUUAUAAGUGAGAUUAUGUGGAAUGUCAAAAAUCUCCUCUGGCAUGCUGCUAAAGGUUGCUUACCUACCGAAGCUGAGCUGCAGAGUAAACACGUGGAUAUUGAUCUGCUUUGUCCUGUGUGUUUGUAUGAAGCUGAGACGAUUUUCCACAGCCUGGUUACUUGCUCAGGUGCUCAAGCUUGCUGGCAUCAAGUGGAACGUGAGCUGUUGGAGUCUUCAAGAUUGGAUUUUUGUGAUUGGCUGAUUUGGGUGUUGCAAACUAAGUCUCAUGAUUGUGCUUGCAUGGGUGGUAUGGUGUGCUGGAGCAUUUGGAAGGCUAGAAAUGAGGUUGUUUGGAAGAAUAGAGGGUGGAAAGCUGAAGGGAUUGUUGUGUCAGCUAAGACUUAUUUUGAUCAUUGGAAGAUGGCUCAAGAGAACUCGGUGCAGUGGCAGUCCACUCAUUCGGGCAGUGUUUCUGAGAUUGUGCAUUGGACUAAACCAAAACAUGGCAGAAUCAAAAUUAAUGUUGACAUAACUCUUUUUGCUAAUAGGGGUUCUUUUGGAGUUGGUUGGGUGGUGCGUAACGAUGAGGGAUUGUGUAUUGAUGCUUUUAACGUUCGUGGUGUGGCUUGGUCCAACCAAUUGUUGCUGAGGCCGUGGGGUUGA